AUGCUCUUCCAACUCCUCCUCCUCGCUAGCACCGCUUCGGCCACUUGUACCCAUGGCCUGUCCAUGUUCAAGAAGCGUGCUGAGACUGCAGAGGGUGGUGUUGAGGUCAAGAACUUCGGCUAUGGCCCACUCAACGGUCCCUUCAACUGGGCAACGCUUGCUGCUGAGAACGAGGCAUGCAAAUCUGGGAAGAACCAGUCACCUAUCAACAUUGACUCCCGCUUGACUACCCUAACCGAGAAGCCUGUCCUCAACAUUCCCGAACAGGAGGUUGAGUUCGAGAACUUGGGCACUACCAUUGAGGUCAUCGUCAAUGGUACCACAACUGUUGCCGGCGCAGACUUCCAGCUCGUCCAGUUCCACAUGCACACCCCAUCUGAGCACCAUAUCAACGGAGAGUACCACCCUCUCGAGGUCCACAUGGUCCACCAGGGCGUCGCCGACAACACCCAACUUGCUGUCAUCGCUCUCAUGUUCCAGGUUGCUGAGGGCGAGUCGUCUUCAAUCAUCAAGUCUCUCGCCUCAUCUGUUGAGACCAUCCGCACUCCAGGCACCAAGGUUGCCAUCCCCGGCGGCAUCGACUUCGCCGACGUCACUGCUAAGAUCGAGUCCUCCGAGAUCCUUCAGUACUCUGGUUCCCUCACCACGCCUCCCUGCGCCGAGGGCGUCACCUUCAUGAUUGUCAAGGACCCGCUCGACAUCAGCGUUGCCGACUUCAACACGAUCAAGAGCGUCGUCAAGUUCAACUCCCGCUUCAUCCAGGCUGAUCUUGGAACCGCCAACAUGCUUGAAAUUGGCACCUUGGCCGGUACCGCUGGCGCCAUGAAGCCUGCCCCCGCCAACGAGACUACCCCUACCAACAACACUGGCGCAGGUGCACCGAUGACUGUUGGACAGAAGUUCCAAAUCACCGAGUUGUACGGCGAGCCCACUGCUAUUAAUGCCGUCGUUGUCGCCCGCAAGAGGAAGUACUAG